AUGCAUAAAAAUAUGGAUAUGUUAAAUCAGUUCAUAUUUGGUGAUAAAAAUAAAGAAAGUGGAAAUAAUAAAAUAAAUCAAACUUUUUCAAAUAAAUUAGAAAAUGGAAAAACAGACAAUAUUCCAAACUCUUUUAAUAUAACAAAUAAUCAAACUACAAUAUUUAAUGAAAGAACAAAUUUAGUACCAGGAGAAGAACAAAACUUUAAAAACAACUCAAAUGGUCUGAUAAAUAAUCCUAUAAAUCCAUCCCAAGACAAUUUAAAUACUCUCACAAAAUCGAAUAAUGAUAUUCCCACCAAUACAGAUAAUAAUAAAAAUAAUGAAUCACAAGAACAGACGGAAAACUCUUAUUUAAAAAAUAAUAAUAAUAAUGGAAACAUCACAUUAGAAAGCAAAUUUAAUUUUAACAGCUCCCUAAAAAUAAGGCAAUCCCUAACAGAGCAAUUAUGCGAGGAGAUCUCUAUGAAGCUUGGGAAGAUCCAUCUUUGCAAAUCAUACCUCGAAACAUACAUAUAUGAAAAGAAUCCUUACACGAUGAAUUUUAUUUAUUUAAAAGAUGACGUAAGUGAAUCAAAAAAUCGAGUUUUAAACUCAGUACUUUUAAGCGCAUUUUGUAACAUAAUAUGGAGUAAUAAUAUUUACAAGCAUGAAUAUUUAAUGUCUAAAGAAUUACUAAAUAAAUAUUUUAAAGCUAUUCAAAAAAAUCCAGAUAAAAAUAAUUAUUGUAUUGUACCUAUAUAUGAUUUAAAUAAAAUAAAAAUGAUUUUAAAUGAUCAUGAAAAAAAUAUUAAAAUGCUUAAAAAAAGAAAAUUAAUUAUUAGAAAAAAUAAUGAAAAUCUUUUAUUUAUUUUAAAUAUAAUUAAAAAUAAUUUUGCAGAAAUUAAAAUAAAAGCACAAAGAAUUAUACAAAGAUUAUUAUUUAGAUUAGAUAUACUUGAUAAACUUUUUAUGUUAAAAAAUAAUUCUUCUUUUUUUUCAACUAAAUAUGAAUUCAGUAAAUUUAAACUUAUCGAAAUUUUGGAUCUCUUUAAUUCCUUUACCAUAGAUGCACAACUCCAAAAAAUAAAUCAAAACAUUGAGGAGUUUGUAAGGGAAAAAAGACAUGUUCAAAACUUUCUUUACACAGAUAAAGAGUUUACAACUAAUCUAAAGAACACCAUUGAAAAAAAUGAACAGCACAUAACGGAAUUGAAGAGCACAACAUCGGAAAUAUGUCAAAAUGUGGAUGAAAAUCGGGAAUAUUUAUACAGUUUAAGUGCUUUUGAAAGGGAAGAUCAUUAUGAAACGAUCUAG